AAAGAGUUUGAUUGACGAAAAUCAAUUUCGCGAAAUAUCAUAUUGUCCAGCUGCAUUUGAUCUUCAGAAUUAAUUAAAGAUGCGAUUGUUUAAUUUGUUUGUUUAAACUGCUCGAAUUUCUACGAUGUCCUGUCAGAAUUAACGUCAAACGUCACGAUAUGCGAUUCUAACCUCAUUAAUGGAUCUAUUCAGUUUUAGGAGCAUCUCUCGCGUCUUCCCCUGUUAUAAAAUAAAAUAAUCGCACAUAUCGAAGGAAAAAUUAAGGAGGCGAAAGACAAAGCGCAGUUCGGCAAAAAGCGUGACUUGUCUGCUAUGUGUGUACUGUAGCCCUUCCCAAAAAUGGCACAAGUAUUGAACAGAUUACUGCUCAAUAGACGUAUUUACGUUCUGUCCAAAAACAGUAAGAGAUUCGCCGGUCAUAGCAAAUGGCAAAAUAUAAAACACAUAAAAGAAGAAACUGAUAACGAACGGAUGGUGCUGUUUCAUCACCUCAAGUUGCAAAUGACAGUUGCUAUACGGGAGAACGGCAGUACAAAGCCUACUCAUAAUUUAAAACUAUCGCAAAUCAUUGAACGAGCUAAGAAGGUAAACAUGCCUGUGGCAUCGAUAAAGUCUUUCCUUGAGAAGAUGGAGGCACGUAAGAACAAGACUCAGACAGGUAUAAUUGAAAUUCGUGGACCAAACGGUUACGUCAUGCUUGUACGUUAUACAACGGAUAAUCCCAAAGCAUUCUCGCAUGAGCUUAAUGCGAAACUCAAAAAGACCAGAGGAAAAGCUACAGAUACCUCUGCCAAAAAUAUGUUUACUCAUUUAGGUAGUAUCAUAGUUGAAAAGAAAGGCGAUUUGGAAAAAGCUACGGAUGAUGCUAUUGAAGUUGGUGCAGAGGACGUGGAGGAAUUCAAAGAGAAUGAUACGGAAUAUUUCCAGUUUAAAUGUGAGCCAAAGCUCUUACAGAAAGUAAAACAUCUUUUAGAAGAACGUCAAUACUGUGUGCUCACAGCAGAGGAAGAUUAUAUACCACAAACUAUAAUAGAAUUAAAUGAAUCAGAUUUGGAAGCUGUUUCUCUUAUUCGUGAGAAAGUUUUAAGCUUAGAAGAUGUCAGUCAUAUACAUGAUAAUUUAGAAUAAUUUAUAAUACUUUAACAUAAAAAUACCCAUGUAUAUAUAAGUAAAAGAGGUAUAAAUCACAGGUAUAAAUACAUUUUAUAUAAUCAUGUGGUUAAAGAAUAAAGAACUGUUUAAAAAU